AUGGCCAACGACGCCCUCAACACCAACCGACGCGUCGGCGCCCAGGCCGACCUGGCCGUCACCACCCGCGGCUCGGAUUGGUACUUCGCCGUCUGCGCCAUCAUGGCCGUCUCGACUCUCGCCUUCCUCGGCAUGGGCAUGGCUAAGCGCGAGACGCACCGCCUUUUCCACUACAUCACGGCGUCCAUCACUUUUGUUGCUUGCAUAUCGUACUUUUCCAUGGGCGCCGGCCUCGGCCAGACACCUGUUCUGGUCGAGUUCCCCCGCCCCAACGACAGCCAGGUCUCCGGCGCCGGUACCCGAGAGAUCUACUAUGUCCGCUACAUCGACUGGUUCGUCACCACGCCGCUUCUGCUUCUGGAUCUUCUCCUCACCGCCGGCCUGCCUUGGCCCUCUAUCAUGAUUGCCCUCCUCGCUGAUGAGGUUAUGAUUGUCACCGGACUUGUUGGUGCUCUCACCAGCACGAGCUACAAGUGGGGAUACUGGGUGUUUGGCAUGUUUGCCUUCUUCUACGUCGUCUAUUCCCUGGUCUUUGAAGGUCGCAAGCACGCGGCUGCGCUCGGUGGCUCCAUUCAGCGCACUUACACCAACUGCGGCGUUCUUACCAUCUUCUUGUGGUUCUUGUACCCCAUUGCUUGGGGCGUCGCCGAGGGUGGCAACAUUAUCCAUCCCGACUCUGAGGCUCUCUUCUACGGAAUCUUGGACGUGUUGGCCAAGCCUGGGUUCGGCUUCCUCCUCCUCUGGGGACACCGCAACAUCGAUCCCGCCGCGUUGGGUCUCCACAUUCGCGCGCCCGGCGCCCAGAAGACCCACCCGGGCCAGCACGGGGGUGACCACGGACACCUCGGCGCCACCGGCGGCGCGGGGCCCUCGAAUGGUGUUUGA